UACGAAGUUUAGUUUCUAUGAUAGUUAUACUGCGGAAGGUUCUUAAGCAGUCUGAAGUCUCGACUAAAGGUCUCCAGACCCUCUCAAUCUGAGUCUCUAGCGGGCGACUAACCUCCACCGGAGUAAACAGAUUGAGGCCCUAACGAACAAAACCUCCACUACCGAAGUAAAUUCGGUACAGAAUAGUGAGUUGGCUCCUCGACUAAAGUCACCAACUCCCUACCUUCAAUCAAGGAUGCUCUAUUAACCAAGGCAGAUAUUCUCAUUCUAGGUUAAAGCAAAAACAAGAGGAAUUUGAUCAGGAUUCAUGCCAUUCAAUCAUUCAAACCUCAAUUGAAUAUAAUCAAAUCAUAGAAUCAGUACUUGGGUUCAUACAAUCAAACCUAACAUACAAAUCUAGGGUUUCCCAUACCCAGAUGAAUGGGAGAACUACUCCAUGGAGAAAGAAGCAAAAGCAAAAUCAGACGCGGAAAUCAUACUGUGAAGGAUGGAUUUCUGCUCCUGGACGUUGAUUGGCACUCCUCCAAGCUCAAGCCAAGCUCCAAUGGUGAUGAAGAUCAAGCUAGGGCACUUGGGAACUCUUGUCCGUCGCUUUCUCUCUCUAGGAAUCGCUCUGUCUCUCUAAAACUCGAAUCCCCUUCUGUUUUGGCUGAAAUCUGCUUAAAAGGGCAUCACUGGGAAAAACACGGUCGAGGGCACGGCCAUGUUCUGCUUCAGCCCGCCCUUGCCCUUGCCAAGGGUUAAUUACACGGCCAGACUGUUGGGAGAAACACGGGCGUGCUUUCGGUGGACACGGUCGUGUUCUGUCUCAGCCCUGCCCGUGUUUUUAGCUAGUGUUUUCCAAACUCAGAUCAAGUCUCGGCAGUAAAGGCACGGUCUAGGAACACGGCCGUGUUCUGAUUUAGGCGUGCCCGUGUUUUGGCUCCAGCUCGACUGAAUGACUUCCGAAUGCCCCGAAACUCAUGCUUAGCCUUUCCUUUGACGCUUGGGACCUGAAAUAUGACAAAGUAGCACAACCCGGCGUAAAAUAGGCCAAAAAUACACGACUAUGCCCCUCAAACGGAUAAGAACUAGGGCCGUAAAUAUGUGCAAUUACAUCGUUAUCAGUCAAUUACCAAUUGUCUAAAACGAGAGGGUCGAGUGACACGGCCUUUAAUGUUCACCUCGGUUUAGCAAUUGAGAUUGUGGCGCCCGACCAUUUAUGCAUCCCUCUGUGGUUCAUGAUUACCUUGCCCAAAACAGUCAUUCCAAUUCACAUAUCAUGGUAGUAGUUAGGGGGAAGCGACACCCGAGUGAUCCUUCCACAAAAGAGUUCUCAAAACCCAUUUACCUUUGUCCUAUUUAAGUACAAUUAGCAAACUUUUAAACCAAAACUAUGUUGCUAGAUAAUGAUUAAAACAACCUGAAGCACGGGUAGACGGAUCGGCCCGGGUUGAUAUCUAAAUACUUGUUCUAUACUGCACCAGGCUAGAGUUUAAAAACUUGGACUCUAGUCGAGAUUUUAUUGUGGUGUAGUUUCGUGCGAGUCAAGUUUUUGGCGCCGUUACCGGGGAACAACGGGUAGUUAUCUUGAAAAAUUUGGUGGUUGUUAAUCUAGCUUUUAAUUCCCAGUUUUACAAGUGUGUGUGUUUUGCUUGUGCUUGACUUGGUGUGUUUUCCGAUUUUGUGUAGGUGGUGCAUGACCCGGAGUAACCUGACACCUUUGCAACCACUUGACGAGGACAUAAAUCGAACUCUCUGGCUCCUAGCACGGAAGAGAGAGCUAGAGGAGGCAAGGAGAAGAAGUGAAAGAGAGGGACAACGUUUGGGUCCCGGUGUUAGUGGAGAAAUAGUUGAAGAAGUGGAAGUUGAACCCGUCGAGGUAGUAGUAAUGGCAGGGAACCAAAGGCAAGAUGGCGCUCAAGCCUGCUAGUUGAACGAUGCGGACAUGCGGCGAAGGAUGAGGAUGCCCCGAGGAUGAUGGGGUAAUACAUUGGCCCAAGGUCGGCGGACAUUCAAUCGCCAAUCCUACAUCCUCUAGUGGCGGCAAAAAAUUUCGAGAUCAAGCCGGCUCUAGUGACUAUGAUACAAAGUAAUGCUCUAUUCCACGACCUUGAGAGCGAGUCACCAAGAAAGCACGUCCAGAGAUUCUUGGAGCUAGCGGGGAGCUUGAAAAUUAAUGGUGUGUCGGCUGAAACUUUGCAAUUAAGGCUUUUCCCAUACUCACUCUUGGGGAAAGCACUUAGCUGGCUAAACAACCAGCCACCUCAUGGGAUGAUCUCCUCAACAUGUUUAUGGCUCGUUAUUGCCCGCCUUCAAAGACGGCGGAGUGAAAAAGAAGAUUACACAUUUCGAGCAAGAAGAGGACAUGACCUUCAGGGAUGCUUGGGAGAGGUACUCCAACUACUUUCUUCAGUACCCUCACCAUGGGUUUGAAGAAUAGUUCCGGAUCGAAACCUUCUAUGGAGGCCUAAUGUAAGAAGAUAAAAUUCUCAUUGACUCCUUGUGUCAAGAAAAAUUGAUGAAUAUG